GCAGCGUUAUUGAGCAGCUCUCAGGGCGCCCCGUGCCCGGCGCCGGCUCCGUCCCCGGCUGACAGCUGCAGCAGCGAGCUGCCACCGCCUUGUGCCGCUCAGCUGGGCGUGCGGGGCUUUGUGCUGCUGUGACUGGGGCUUUGAACACAGUGGAUAUGGUUUUCUGAGCUUUAAGGCCCGCUGUCGGUGUGCAUAGUUGGGCUGUAAGCCGUAUCACGGCAACCGGGCGUUUCUUGGCACAUCGCACUCCUGCCCUCGGAGCUCCCGGUGUGGGAUAGCUGUGCUGCUAAGUACACUCUCCGGUGCCCCGUCGCUUCACAGCCUCACCGGUCAGCCCCGUGUUGGGUCAUUGCUUCAUGGGGCUGCCCAACGGACACCUGGAAGCUGCCCCAGGAGUCCGGUGCUACCGAAAACACAGCACAGAACUGUCUACAACGCGCGCUGGAGACAUUACAGGAGUUUAAAGGAGUCCAGGCUGAUGUGCUCACUGCUCCUCAUCGCUCCGGUUGCUACAGCAGCUUCAUUAGAUAAAUUGACAUGAUGUGGACCAACAAGUCCAGUGAGGUGCCUCAGCAGAAUCUGAGGCAUAACCAAGCCAAGGAUUCGACUGGAGGAUGGACUGCCCUUUCUCAGACUAAGGCUGCUCUACGUCAUAUAGAGAACAAAUUGGAAAUAGCUCCCACCAGCACAGCUGUGUUUAAUUCUGUCAUGGAUGCCAAGAAGCCCUCUGGUAGUACCAGCAGGAAAGUAGGCAGGAAAGCUUCCCGGUCUUCCAGCCAAACUAAAUCAGGCAAGGAGAAAUCCUCACGCAGUCCUCUUCGAGCAACAACCCUUGAAAGCAAUGUGAAAAAGAGCAGCCGGGUGGAAUUUCGUGAACCAUUGGCUUCAUACAGCAGGGAUACACUGAGUUCUCUGCCUCAUCAUGGCUCUGGCCAAGUGGAAGCCAAGCCAUUUCUGUCUUGUUUGGACUUCUGUGAGACAGAAGAGAAGACUGAAGUAAUGGGCCAUGUGAUACUUGACAGAGAUGAACAGGAUCUCCAUGGAAGAAAUUUUGAAAGUCCAAGUUCUUCUGCUGCAGACAAGACUGUUGUUAGAUAUUUAAAUGACGGACCAGCAAUUGAAGCCUUGCAAAAAAGCGAGGCAUUUCUUAAAGCUGCAACACCUCCAAUGCUGGAAGAGUUAAAACCUAGCAGCUCCAGAGGAGAUGGGAGUAGCAUUAAAGCUCCUCUGAGUAGCACAUCCCAGGACAUGGAACUGAAAUUGUCUUUCCCUUCUGCCACGAGUACCAGUGCUCAUAGGCUGGAAAUCUUGAAGCGGCAGCAGCAUGAUGCUAAGCUGGAGAAGCUGAAGGAGCGGAUUCGUAAGCAGUGGGAGCGUUCUGAAGAGUUGGGUGGCAAAGGGCAGCACUCAGGAUUUGCUGAGCAGCCUGUAGUGAUCACAAACGUGGAGAAUACUGUUGCUGCCAAAGUCAGGAAAGUGACAGCAGCGCCUGCUGCUCCAGCAUACAAAGGUUUCAAUCCUGCUGAAACUAAGUUUCGUGCUCCGGCUGGAAAGAUCUGGCGUGAGCAAGGAUUUCACGUUGGUCAGGAGCUGUAUAGAGAUAUGGCAUUCCAGUUGACAGCGAGUUCGACAAUGAAAGAAAAACCUAAUGAGAAAAACAAAGAGAGAAAAGCGUCCAAACCAGUGCGGAAAGUUCAGAAACUACCGCAGUCAUCAAAUCCAGUGUCCAAACAAGGUGGAAACUAUGUAAUAAGUGCAUCCUCCUGGCGGGAGGGACAAAAACUAGCCAAGAAGCUACUGGGUCCAGCUCCCAAAAUAGAACACAACAGAAGAGCUGUAUCUAGUGACAGAACGGGGCGAGAGCGAACUGCUAAGUCUGGUCGUAUUGGAAGGACAGGUUCAGAUUCUAGACUGGUUGUUACACAGAAAAACUCUUCAAGAAGUCCUGAGCGGUCAAGGAGUAAAGUACGAUCUGUGAAUAAUCUGAAGAAGAAACCGAAACCUGCUUUUCCAGGUGAUAACCAAGAUGAUCGUGGCUCUGUAAAUAAGGACUUCCUGCCCUUGGAAAUACGUGGAAUUCUUGAGGACUUACAGUUGGACGGCUUGUCUACAAAGCAGAAAGAAGAAGUGGAAAAGCAGAAUCAGAAGUCUGUUUUGCCUACUGAAAAUACCAGGAGCCACAGUCCAUCCAAAAGGAAAACAGACAAGAUAGCUGCCAGUGAGGAGCCUCAAGUGACCUCUAAGAAACGUCACUAUGAUGCCGAUGAGGUUCGUAAGUACAUCAUCAGGCAGCAAGAGGAGAGGAAGAAGAAACAGAAUGAAGAGAAGAAAGCACAAAAAGAGGCAACGGAGCAGAAGAACAAAAGACUCCAAGAACUCUAUAGAAAGCAAAAGGAGGCUGUAAGUAAGACCAAGAACAUGCCUCCUCCUGAACCUUUGGCGGCUAAACGGUUACAGGAAACUUAUUCUAAACUGAUGUUGGAUCAUACAUUUUUAGAAGAGCCUUCUCAGCUGCCUACAGUGCAGGAAACACAGCCCAGACCUGGUUAUCAGCCGUCUGGAGAAUCUGACAAAGAAAACAAGGCUCAAGAGCGUCCUCCUAGUGCAUCUUCAAGUAGUGACGUGUCACUGUCAGAGCCACAGCAGCAGCAGCCGCCAUUGAGAAGUGACUUUGUGGAGCCUUCGAGGGUACAGCCAGACCGGUUGAGCCCGAGAGUCCAGCUCUCUCAUCCAGAAGCUCCCAUGGGCUUAAGUGGAGGCCCUGGCUCACAACAUCGGAGUCUGGAGCAGAUAGGACUUCUGAUGGGUCAGCCUUACAUGAAUUCAGCUGCUCCACAGCAAAAUCUCUUAGGAAAAGCCUUUACUAACCAAUAUAAGAGUAAAAUAGAUCGGAUUGAAGCUUUAAAAGCUACAGCUGCUUCCCUUUGUAGCAGGAUUGAAAAUGAAGCCAAGAAGUUGGCUUUUGCUGGUCUCAAUUAUGGUACCAUUUGGAACUCAGGCCAUGAAUAUAUGCAAGAAAACCAGGAUGACAGACGGUGGGCCAAGGCCAUGAGCCCUCCUGUGAGGGAGGAAAAUGAAGAUGCUUUUUCAGCCAGAAUUCAAAAGAUGUUGGGUACCUGUGUGUCUCAUAGUGCCUUUGAUGACAACCUUCCUGGGGUAAGCAACCUCAGUGAAUUUAAGAAGCUCCCUGAGACAAUCAGGCCUCAUGCUGCCACAGUCAGCCUUGGACUGAGGUCUCCCACUGGUCACCGGCACGAGGGGACACUGGGACAUUUGUCUAAGAAACCAACUGACACCUUGGGAUGUGAAAACGAGGUGUAUGGUCAGAGCAAAGCUGUAAUUCCUCAAGAGUCCAGCAUUGACUCCAUCAGCGAAGGGCCUCUCCUGAGUGAUGGAAACCUCUCUGAGGAGGAGGGAAGCCAGGGAAGCCAGCACAAACAUCUGCCACUGAAGAUUCUGGAGGCGUUGAAUGAAAGGGAUUUCUGUGUUCAGGAGAGAAAUGCUUUUGAGCCCAUAAAAGAGUUUCAGAAAGAAACUGAGAAGUAUCUGCCGCUUCAGCCUCAGACAAGUGACAUUCACAGCAAGGGGUCGUGGGACGAGCUCACCAAGGGAAGCCCACACAGUGUCAUCAACAUCUUUGCAAAAAGUUACAACCUUCAGGACAAGGUGUUCGAUGAAAGAUCAAAUGGAGGAUCUUCUAUUAUGCACCCUUUACAUCCUAGCCUGAGCUCUCCGGAGACCAUUGUUUCUUAUGAAGAUGACUUUGCUUCCUCACCAGGAAACAGCACCUUAACGGACAAAAAGGUUGCACUUGACCUCAGUAUUGCAAGCAGCAGUAAUUCAAGCAUUCAGGAAGAACUUCCUAGUAGGAAGUCUCCCCGUGAAUCUCGAUCUGUCGAACUUUCAUCUCAACCUUCAUCUGGACCCAGAUCUGCAACAUCUUCUCACUCAUCUUCUUCAUCUAAAAAGAGAGUGAAAAAAGAACGGUUGGAGUCUUUCAAUGGAAGUUCUCACCACAUUUCUGUGGGAGAAGAUAAAAUUCAAUCCGAAUUAGAGUGGGGAUCCCAACAAGCAAAGAAGUCUGUGUCAAGUAACAGACUUUCUAAUAAAGACUACGAGCAGAACACGGAUACUGACAACACGUUAGAAAAUUUGUCUGGACACUCCAUGUUGAGUUUCUCAGACAAGGGAAGAUCUCAGAAGGCGUCAACUUCUUCCCCAUCUCCGGGUUCCCAAAAAAUUAUGCAGUUUGAUUCUGUAGUCAAUACAGCAGAGAGAGCCAAGUCACCUUCUGGCUUUUCUGGAAGCACAACACCGGGACAGAAGCCUAACGUAGCCUACUCUGACUUGAGUCUGGGAACCAGUAGGCCUACAGCAGGAGUAGCCUCAGCAAGUGGAUGUGCACGCUUCUCCCCUGCUGGCCUUCAGCAUCGUUUGGCAGCAGAAUUGAACUACCUUACUGUCAUUGAAGAGUCUUUGCGACAGCUUGCAGAUGUGGAACGAGUACGAGGCAUAUCACUGGCCCAGCAGGAGAGCGUUUCUUUGGCUCAGAUUAUAAAGGCACAACAGCAGCGUCAUGAACGGGACAUAACUCUUUUGAAAAUCAAGGCUGAGCAGGAAGCAUUAAAAAAUCAGAGGCAAAUGGAAGAGGCAAGGCAGAAGGCAGCUCAGGCCCAUGUAGAGACACUGCAUCGUCUGGUCCAGGCACGAAAGGAGGCUGCAGAAGGGCGGCAGGAGACUGUGUGCAAGGCUGCAGCCAAGCAGGUGGAAACUACACUUCUCACUACAGAUACGGGUCACCAGGUCCGUGAGAUGACGGAACUUACACGAUCCCAGAUCUCGGAUACUGUCAGUGCUCCAGCUGCUCCAGUCAGCACUUUGUUUGACCACCAGCGGCAGCAUCACUCAGAGUUCUUGAAACAACUGAGAACCCAAACUGAUACAAACAGGAAAUGUGAGACUGUUUCCAUGUCACCAAGUAAAGAGGCAGAUGCCUCAAAACAGACUUACACACCAGUGUUUGGUAGCUAUUCAGAGUCCUCAAGAUCAAAGGCUCGUGAUCGAAGUAGCACCAGCAGUCGCCAAGAGAGUCUUUCUGUUCCGUCAUCUAAAGAGAAUGAGAAAAAACUUCCCUGUCGUGAAAAGCUAACUAGCAGCAUUGAAGACCAGGCUCAUACUGGUGUGGAUGAUUCCUUGCCAAGUGAUAGUAUUUUGUCACUGCCAGAUGAUAAAGAUUCUGCUUCCAUUGGAACUGAGUUUUCCCUGAAAUUUGAUGAGUCCAUGACAGAGGAUGAGAUUGAAGAGAAGUCUUUUCGGUCUUUGCUGCCCUCUGAAAGUCAUCGUAGAAAUAACUUGGAGAAGAAACGCGGUAGUCGUGAUGAUUCUGAUGAGGAAGUCUCUCCAGAAAAAAACACUCUGACAUCUAUCAAGGAGUUAAGCAUGCCUUUCUCAGGAGGGCAAGAUAGUUUCUCUAAAUUUACUAUGGAGAUGGUAAGACAGUACAUGAAAGAGGAGGAAAUGCGAGCAGCUCAUCAGUCCUCGCUACUUCGGCUCCGGGAGAAAGCUCUGAAGGAAAAGACUAAGGCUGAGUUAGCUUGGUUGGAGCACCAGAAGAAACAUUUGCGAGACAAGGGAGAGGAUGAUAAGAUGCCCCCUAUUCGUAAAAGGCAGCGUGGUCUUCUACUGAAACUACAACAGGAAAAGGCAGAUAUUAAGCGUCUUCAAGAGGCUAACAAGGCUGCUCGGAAGGAGAGACAGCUAAUCCUUAAACAGCAGGCAGAAAUAGAACGAAUCCGUCAGACUACAAUGAAACUGCAGGAAAAAUUGAAAUCUGCAGGAGAAAACAAGCUCGAACUUCACAGUGAGGAUGACAUCAAGCAGAGCAAUGGUUCUAGCCCACUUCCAACUGAUGUAGAAACACGCAGCCCUUCCCCAGUAUCAAUCUCCAGCAGUGAGACUAGUAGCAUCAUGCAGAAGCUCAAAAAGAUGCGCAGCAGAAUGGACGAGAAACACUGCUCUCCUGUUCACUACUUCUUCUCUGUCUUUACGUCUCACCACUGGGCCUCUCUCAGUGUCUGUUUUCCCAACCUCCACCCCAAAUUCCAGCUGUAUAUCUACAACCAAUUGGUCAGGUUCCUAACUAAACGAGAACAGAAGCUGAUGCAGCGACGACAGCAUGCUGAAGAAUUGUUGGAGUGGAAACGUCGCCUGGAUGCAGAGGAAGCAGAAAUACGGCAGAUAGAAAAGCAGGCUUUGGCUGCCUGGGACAAAGAGCUGCUUAAAACCAAAGUAGCCAAGAAAGAAUUGGGGGAUCUGAGAACUGAGCCCAAAGUCUCAGAAACAGCUAGUGAAGAAGUGUCUCCAGUGCCUUCUUGCUCUUGUCUGAACAGUGAAAGCUCAGUCCCAGAAGAGCUUGGCAGUCUAGCUGCUGAGUCUAUCCCAUCAGAGACUAUGGGCCAUGGACAGCAAGAAAGCCCAGUUCAGAGUAUAGUUAACGAAGAAAUAAUUUAUUCUGAAGACUUCAACUCCUCUACCUCACCUGGCAAAAUUAGUCCUCCCAAAAGCAGCAUAUCUGUAUCAAGGCAAGAUUCUAGCAAAGGCAGCCAUAGAACUGGGGGACAUCUCCGCUCUCCUGUGAAGUCUCAUCAGGUAUCUCUCAAUGGGUCUGAUGAGUCUUUAUCUAUCACACAGUCAGAAACAACUUCUGAUCAAAGUGAUAUUGAAGGACGGAUCAGAGCCCUGAAGGAUGAACUGCGGAAAAGGAAGUCUGUGGUUUACCAGCUGAAGAAGGAACAGAAAAAGAGGCAAAAGGAGAGACUGAAAGCCCAGGAGGCCAGUUUGAUCAAACAGCUGGAGUCAUAUGAUGAGUUUAUCAAGAAGACUGAAGCAGAACUGAGCCAAGAUCUGGAGGCAUCACCCACAGCCAAACCUCAGAUUAAAAUUCCAUCCUCUGCUGCUGCUGAAAAACUUAAGAUCAAGGCACGACCACUCCAUAGGUCGGAGGCAGCUAAAAACUGGAAAUCACUGACUGAAUCAGAGAGAUCAAGAGCAUCUUUGGAAUCCAUUGCAGAGCACGGAGAUGCUGUAUCAUCACAGACUGAAAGAUCUGUGUCUUUGCACGCUAAGGAGGAGGCUGUGACAAAUGUUCACACAGAAGAACCUUGUGGAACAUCUUUGGCAGUUUCAAUGCCACCAAAUACUUGCAGAGCAGGCUCUGGUGAUUCCCUAGAGAAUGUGUCCUCAUCAUCUCUUCUCAAAGAUGUAAAAGACAUAAGCGGGAAAUCCCAUGGGUUAGUAAGCAUUGUGGAAAGUGUAUCCAAGGAAGAGGCUGUCCUCAGUCCUAAUUCUGAGAUAUCGGAAGACUUGGAAUACAUACAAUCAGAGGAAAAUGAGCUUGACGAUUCUCAAGAACUUUCGGUGAACUCUUCAGAGCAUUCUGAUGUCUUGUUGACACUAGAUAAAGCACCAGAGAGAUCACUGGACAUCCUUCCAAAGAAAAUCCUUGAUUCUGAAAAUGAGCCCUCUCUAAAGGAACCUUUUUGUUUGGCUGUGGAAAGCCUUCAUGGUGGGGAAGAAGACUUAGAUGAGAGACUGGCAGACCAAGAUGCUGUAACUGUCCCAAAUGUAGAAGAACCUUCUCACAAACUGAGCAUAUCAGCAGUGGAAAAGGAUGAUUUACUUUCAGAACGUCUGUGUAAUCAAAAGAAGUCAUCAUACGUUGAAGACCUCGAAGGAUCUUCCUUCGGGAAACAGCCACCAAUUGAAGAGGCACUUGCUGAGGAAGAAUACAAAGAUGAUUUUGAAUCAUCUCCUUGCCCACCUGAACAGGACUUUCAGUCACUGAAUGUAGAAGAAUCUUCUCACAAACUGAGCAUACCAGCAGAGGAAGAUUAUUUACUUUCAGAACAUCUGUGUAGUCAAAAGAAGUCACCAUACAUUGAAGACCUUGAAGGAUCCUCCUUUGGAAAACAGCCACCAAUUGAAGAGGCACUUGCUGAGGAAGAAUACAAAGAUGAUUUUGAAUCAUCUCCUUCCUUACCUAACGGGGACUCUCAGUCACUGAAAGAGCAGUCCGAGCUCACGCAAACCAGCGUAAGCAGAUCCACCAGCCCUGGCAGUGAUGAUGAAAUCAGUGAAUGCCUCAGCGGUGGAUCUCCUUCUAUCUCCAGCAGCGUGUAUUCAGAUAGGUUAUUAGAACUUAAAUCCCCAGCAGAACUUACAGAAACUGCUGAGUGCAGAGAUGUGGAAAAAGAUGAGGCCACCGUUCAGUCACCACCGUGGCCCUCUGUUUCAGUGACAGAAGAAAUUGAUGGUUUGCCAAACUUCAGCGUAGGCGAUAGGGUACUCGUAAGUCAAGUCCAACCUGGGACAUUGCGGUUCAAAGGUGCAACUAAGUUUGCCAAAGGGUUUUGGGCUGGUGUGGAGUUGGAUAAGCCUGAAGGGAACAAUAAUGGAACUUACGAUGGUAUUAAAUAUUUUGAUUGCAAAGAAAAACACGGUAUUUUUGCUCCUCCCCAAAAAAUCUCUCAUAUUACAGAAGGUUUUGAUAGCUAUUUAGAUGCAUGUGAGUAUGAAGACUCAUUCUUUGAUGAUAGACUGGAGGAGAAACAUGAAGAUGAGCAGAAAGACAAAGAAACUUCUAAAAUUAACGAGGAAGAUGAAAGACAGAGCAGCAGUUCAACAGAGACUUGUUCUGUUGCAGACAAAUCUGUUACAGAAUCCUUGUCUGAAGAAAGCAUUGAUGAGGUCUCAUUUUCCAAAGCAAAUGGCAUAAAAAUUUCUGGAGUUGCCAUAUCCUCUGCCCAAGAACAGUCUGUGGUGGCUUAUCUGAAGCACGCUGUAACAGAGGAGACUAGCCUUACUCCUCCCAUUUCUGAUUUCGCAGAUAAGAUUUCCAGUGUUCCAUUGGAUGACAUCUUAGAUUACUUUUCUGAAAAACUGGAGAGACAGAAAACACUGGGUGAAGAAUGUUGUGAGAAGUUAAAUGACCUCUCUCCUGGAGUUGUGGAGAAGCCUGCAACUCCGCUUCUGGAUUUGCUAACAAAAGAAAAGAACCAAUUAGAAGCUCAACUUAAAAUACCGUGUAAAGAGGAAGAGAAGUCCAAAAACCAACUGGAAAAGGUCAAUUUGCUUACAGACAUUCUGCUUAAAGAUGUUGUGAAAGACACAGUCAACCAAUUACAGCAAAUAAAGAAGAACAGGAAUGAGAAAAUCCAGCUCAGCAACCUGGAGCUCUGUGAAGCGAGGGAGCGAUGCAGUACCCCAAUCCAGCAGGUAGAAGAGCAGAUUCCUGAUGGGCUGGACAAUUUUUUUAUAAGUUCGGACUUGGAAGAUGACAGAGAAGAACUUUCUUCCCCAGAUAUGUGCCCCAGACCGGAGAGCCCAGUGUUUGGUGCCAGUGGUCAGGAAGAGCUUGCCAAGAGGCUGGCGGAGCUGGAGUUCAAUCGCGAGUUCCUGAAUGUGCUGGGAGAUGAACAAGACUGGUUUGAUGAGGACUAUGGCCUAAGUUCCCAUAAAGUCCAGCAGAAGCAAGCCGAGGAACCAGAGGUGCUGCCCAAGGUAGAAUCACAGAAAGUUCCACCAAAGCCAUGUGAGGAGCCUUUGGCAGUCCCUGAUAUUGCAGUAGAGGUGGAAAGGCUGGUGCAUGCAGCAGCUGAAGAACUCUGGAAACUGAAAGAGCUGGGUCGUGAUCUUCAAAGUUUCAGCUCUCACACUGACUUUAGUAGUACUAUCAAAGAGCAGGACGCAGACUCAAUAAACAAGCACGUCUAUAAAAAGGUGGUAUUUGAUUUAACGAGAGAGAUCUUUGGAGAAAUCUUUGCUGAGGAUCCCAAUCUAAAUCAACCUGUUUGGAUGAAACCACAUAGGAUUUCAUCUGCUUAUUUUCGCCGAGUGAGGAAUCCAAAGAACUUGGGUGAGAUCAAGAAUUUCAUUACAGCUGAAGUACUGAAGCUUUUCAGUCUAAAGAAAGAGACUAAUAACAAAACAGACUGGCAGAAGACGAUUAAAUUUGGACGGAAGAAACAAGACAGAGUGGAUCAGAUACUGGUGCAGGAACUCCACGAGGAGGAAGCCCAGUGGGUGAACUAUGAUGAGGAUGAACUGUGUGUCAAGAUGCAGUUGGCAGAUGGGAUCUUCGAGACCCUGAUCAGAGACACUGUUGAUGUACUGAACCAGAUAAAUGCAAAACAGCAGAGAUGGCUGCUUGUCUGACAGUGCCGAAAAUAAACCUGUAGUUGUGUAAGCACUAAGGCACGGGCCCUUCUGACUCCUGAGGUACUCUCCACCCUACAAGCACUGCUGCUGGACUUCCUCAUGUGUGUUUUAAAGGUGGUUCAGAUGUGACUACAGGAACCUGAAUUUGCAUCCUCUGCCACAAGAGACCUUGCACUGGAUUUGUUGUCUGGGACAAGCUGGUACCUCACUGAGGCUGCGUUGUGGAGUGCUCAGACUGUGUGCCAACGCAGUUAUGCCAUGGAACUGUCUGUGCCCUUUGCCUGGGGCUUUGACUUCCAGCUCGUGCUCUGAAAAAGUUGGGUUGAGUUGGGAUAUUGGUUAUUUUGCAGGAGUGGCUGUCAGCCAUCAACGCGAGAGUUGUCUUAAGACGUGUGAAUAAUUUGGAGAAGAAGUGGUUUGGUAAAAAUUUUAGACAUAAACGAUUUACUGUACUGAACAGUGUUAAAACCUUAACACCUCUUCUCCCACAACCCUAACAAUGUGCAUCGAUUUCUUCUGCUCCAGAGCCCGGUUAAUUCCGCUCCCUGUGAAGUUAUUUUUCAUCUUUCUUCCUGCAGAUGGUACCAGACAUGGUGCCACUCAGUCCAGGGGAAUCAGCUGAUGUUGCUUUUUGUAUUCAAGUAAAUAAUUCCUUCUGUUUUUCUGAUGUAACAUGCUUCAGUCCAGAGACAGAGCAAGACAGAGGCUGCCUAAAGCCAGACGUGUGAAAGAAGAGCCCAUGGACAACUUUCCUCCAACCACGUAGCGCUUCUUGACUUCCUGGAGCACCAGCUGUUCCUAGACAACGGAUACUCAGGAUUCUCUCAGGCACGGAACAUGCAGGAGUGGCAAACGUUUCCUUGCAAAAAUUGGGCCUUCAGACCCUCAGCUUUCUUCCCUCUGCUCACCUAAUAAAUAGGAGAAGCCAUUACUUGAACAACUUAGAGAACAGAGUGUAUUCACCAAAGACAGCAGUGCUUGACUGUCUGCAUGUUUUGUGCUUGUGGGCCUUUUUUAUUAUUUUUUUUCUUUUAAUUUAUUUUUAGGUAAUUUAUUAAGUGGGUUAUAGGAGAGUGUCCUGUGCAGUUGGUUGUGCUAUCUUAUACUUUGAGACAGACGAGUUUGAGAAAAUACCUGUUGUGGGAACUUCCAGAGUCUGUAUUCUUUGCACAAAUCCUCCAGCUUCUUGAGAUGGACAGAAGGAAGAACCAAACCUCAAUGACUUGGGGUGGGCAACGAAGGCAGGACUAGGAAUGGAGCUUCUCUUCACCCAGUCCAGAGACAAGGGGAGAGUUAAGGGGGCUGAGCUUCAUGAGAAACUUCUCUGCUGCAUCUGUUUCCUUCCUUUCUCAGUCCUUCUAUGCCACGGGCAGCCAGUACUGUGUGUUUCAUUCAGUGCUGGGUUGAACUGCAGUGUCUUUCUGCCACGUUUUCUUUCCUAAUCUGACUCUCCCAUUCUGGUGUUUUUCUUGGAUGGACGCAGACAAUCUGGGGUUGAGUGCUGAUGCCUUAAUAGUGGAUGCCCCUGUUAACCUGGGACAAGAUGCAGAGGAGAGCCAGAUCCUCUGGGCAGCUGGAGUGCAGAGAGAUGCUCUGAAGCACUUUAGGAGGUCCCAUAAAGAUGCUGCUGCCAACAAGGAGGGAGUACCGUUGUUCCUUCAUCUGCUUGGUCCUUGGGCUUCUGGGCUUUUACUGUGCAGACCUCUGCUUCUGCUCUGUUACAUUUUCUGUUCCACUUCCUUUGUUUGAAAGCUGUCAUUGGAAUAUUUGCAUUUUGCACAAGGACACGCGACUGGUAAUUCUUCAGGGACAGCACUGGGAAACGUUGGAUUUAUCAGAGGUCCAAGCAAACUCUCAGAUGUAGUAUUGCCAGCACCUCACUUGCGAGUUAAUGGGGAACCUAUUCAUGGAAGCUUAAUAAGUGGAAGAACAAAGAGGAGCUAAUGGCCUAUAGGAACAGCUCCAAUAGGGCAUAUACAUAUCUGUCCUGCAGUGGUUGCCUUCCUGGCUGGCUGAAAGUCAAAUGGUGUUGGCGGAGCCACGUUCAGCCUUUUUUCCCCCCGAGUGACUCACUUGUCCAUCUGAAGUGUCACGAUGCUGAACUGUGAAAUUCUGGACUGCUUAAAAUAGAAGCAAACUGAAGCUGCUGCAUUUAACCGGCAUGGUGUCACCCAUUGGGUCACUGCUGCAGAUUCCCUUUCCUUGGGUGUAUCUUUUUCAAUAGAGGCAAUUGUUAUUUUUAUAGGUAGCAAUUACAAAGGGAAGGGAGAAACCUGUAAUGCAGCUCCAUGGCCGGAGUAUCAGAAAUGCAGCUGGCUUCUGCCCCCUGAGUACGGUGGCCAUUGAGGAGGGUGCCAGGCAUCAGAAGUAGCUGUCUCUGCAGCUGGUUGGGCAGAAGAAAACUGUAUAAACAACGGCUUUAUUCCUGUGCAAACAUCACCGUUUAUUUUUGGUAACCAUCCUUGACAGGAGGAAGCCUAAAAAGACUUGAACAUAGGUAAUUUAUCUUCUCAGUACCUCACGUGUGUUGGGCUGCUUUGAGUCGAGUGUGUGCUCAACACCCCAGCUGUGUUGAGUUCCUUUUGGUGAUGACUGCGAUGAAGCAAUGGUCUGUCCGGGUCGUGUCUGAUAACAGAUACGGGGAGAGCAUGGAGCCUUAGGAGCAGAGCCUGAGUUCCAUAUGUCCUCCCCUCCCAACCUAUACACAGAAGAACAAGACGAUACUGCUGGGUCUCAGCUAUCUUAGCACAGCCGCAUUGGGAGCUACAGAGCUGAGAUGUUCUCCUAUAAGCUCCUGGAGGCAGCGGCUGCUGGCGCUGGGGGACGUGGUUCCCUUGUGGGAAGGAUCUAUGUGCCGGGGGAAAGCCCAGCUGCCCCUUGGAAGAGGCUUGUUGCUCACAAGGGGGAACGAGGGAUUGGGAAAUCCCAUCUUGUUCUCUUUCCUUUCUCGAUAAAGUGGCCUUAGCUUUUUGCAAUACUUGAAUAAGUGCGUAGCUGCAGAAGAUCUUCAGUAGCACAGAGGUAGAGACCUUUUAGGUGACUAUUCUGCACGGAACCGAGCGCGGUUCUGACUUUCAUAUCCCUUUGCUACCUUGAGAACAUUAGGAAUACGGAGUACUUCUGAGCAGAGCAGCAGUUCCAUCUUAGAAGGUAUUUAGUGCAUCUGAAGUGUUUACAAACCGACUAAAACAGAGAAGAGCAAACUAUUGAACUUAUUUGUAAUUUAAACGUGGAGCGCAAGAAUAUAUACAGAUGAAAGAGGAAUACUGUAAUUAACCUGCAUUUCAUAGUUUAUCUCCUCGACUUUGCGGAGCCUUUUGAUAUACCCUUGCAAAGCCGCCUUUGGGGAGGCUCCAUCUCCCCACAUACUGUGUUGUGGAGAUAGUCAAAGGAAAGCCCGUUUACUGUGUGUGUAAAUAACCUGGUCGCUUGGUCCUCGGGCCAGAUCCAGCAGCCGUUCACAUCCAGAGCAGUUUUGCACAGUAGACAGACCCGAGGAUGUGGAAGGGGUUUUGUUUUUUUAAUGUAAUUAAGAGCUGUAAAAUAACCAGGGUGCUCCCUGUGUACACCAGUGUAAAUAUCUUUGGUAACUGAAAUGUACUUUAAGAGAACAAAAUCUGUAAAUAAACUGAUUUAUAAAUUAA